AUGGAAGGAACUGCACAGACAUCUAGAGGUGCGGACGCAGAUAAAUUUGUAAACCAGUCGUUGUGGGAUGAGGACACAUACGGCCGAUCCCCUUCUGUUUCCAACUUGCGAGUGGGCGGAUUAAGACGUCGUGUGUCCAGCGCAUGCUGCCUGAAUGUGUUCCUACUGCUGGCCUUACUAAUUUCUAUCGCUGUGAUUAUGUAUUUUCUCAUCGGUCCGCUCUUUGGUCGCACUCGCCCUCCCGUGAACUCUGUGGUUUCUACUUUUUGUGGUAUUGUACAGGGUACCGAAUCAAAAGGUGUUGUAUCUUUCCUUGGAUUGCCGUAUGCUCUUCCUCCACUUGGUCAGUAUCGUUUCAAGCGGCCAGUAGAGCUAACCACAACUCAUUUAUGUGCACAGGCAUGGACAAACAAUAAUUUUUCUGCAAAUACCGAUUCAUACAAUGCAACCGUAUACAAAUCCUCUUGUCUGCAGCUAUCACCAGUUACGGAUAAGAUAAUCGGAAAUGAAGACUGUCUCUACCUAAAUGUUUUCGUCCCCGCCAUGGCCCUGACUUCUUCCAAAACAGAGCUUAGACCUGUCAUCGUGGUACUAAAUGGUUUAUUUUUCACCUACGGUGGAGCAAGCGGUCUUCCCGUAAGUCAAGGCCAGCAACCACAACCAAGGACAGUGGAGUUAGUUGAUGCUAUUCAUGUGACGCUGAACUAUCGCAUUGGACCUCUAGGUUUCCUGAUUCAUCCAGAGACUAAAGAAGCCAAUAUUGGUCUUUAUGAUCAGCUGGCAGCGCUACGUUGGGUGAGAAACAAUAUUGGUGCGUUCGGAGGUGAUGCGGCUCGUGUAACCCUCUUUGGUUACGGUUCUGGAGCGACCUGUGCGUUGGCACUAGCUUUCAGUUCAUUGGGUCAGAAUCUUUUCGAUAACUUGUGGAUUUCCGCUCCGGCAGUUCGAAAACCGCAUUGUUCACUUCAAGAAGCAGUGGAGAACUCACGUCGGUUGUAUUCUUGUGAGCCAGGCAGUACAAGACCGUGCUCGAAUGGAUUGUUGACAGAUCCGAAAGAUAUCGUCCGUCUAUGGAAUUGGGCACGGAUUGAGUCGUGGAUGAAAGACUCUCUCUUCAGUCUUCCAUCUUCUGCGCAAAUACAGGGCGGGGCUGAGCAAGAUUGGGUGGACCGAAUCUUGAUAGUGGACCACGAAAUGAUUGACCCCAAAAGAUGGUAUCGACCAAUCUAUCACCUAUCCACAGUAUUAGGUCAGACAGCCCACGAAACCGCCCUGUUUGUCAGUCCAAUUACUGUACCCUUUUGGGAUGAAAGCUUUUAUCGACGGUACCUUAUAAAUACUCUGACCAGUGGGACAAAAAUAGGACAAGAUAUAAUUGACCAAUAUCUGAUUGUUAGUAAUAAAACCACAUACUGUUCCUACCCUAGAUCGGGUAAUUCAUUCGGGUUUGACGUAGAGGCACGGAUGACCGGUCUUAUAACCGAUGCUCGCUGUACCUGCCCACUAGCGGAGACUGUCCAACAGUUGGCUUCCUCACAUGGGAAUUUCGUAUAUCAUUACUACCUUUUAGGUCAACAUCGCAGAUUCGACCCGUAUUCAUUCACUUCCUUCGUAUCCUUAUCAUUCCAUGGUUGGGACGGAAUGGUCUAUCUUCGUGGCUAUACAACACAUCCUGAUUAUAUCCAAUCUAUGCUGGAUCAAAAUGACCAUGAUCAUCUGGAGGAUUUGGGAAGACAGAGUGAUUUGCUCAACACUGUAAUGCAUGAAUUUUCUCGAACAGGCCGUAUUCUUAGUUGGAACCCCGUUGAACCGGGCAAUACUCCUGUGAACCUGAUUGAAAACGGGGCAGUCUGUACUCCGCCAAAGUUUGUCGAAGAACGUUGUCUUUUAUGGAAGCUGAUGACAAACGGUAAUCCGCUGGACUUGGCGUGGAGAAGCUGA